AUGUUGAGACUGAUUCCGACCUGCAAAGGUGGGCGCUUUGCAGGAGUUUUGCAGUCUGCCGGAGCACUUCUUAGAGAAUACUCAGCACCUGCAAAUGCUUUGCAAGAUUCUUGGAAAGAUGGGAAUGAAAUCAAGAGUGAUGAUGUUCACAUGCUUUUCAGAUAUUGCACUAAUUUGCAGUCAGCCAAAUGCCUCCACGCACGUCUCGUCAUCUCCAACGCAAUCCAAAACGUCUGCAUCUCAGCUAAACUUGUUAACCUCUACUGUUACCUUGGGAAUGUCGCGUUUGCUAGGUUCGCUUUCGAUCAUAUCCAGAACAGAGAUGUCUACGCCUGGAAUUCGAUGAUUUCUGGCUAUGGCCGCUUGGGAAACUCCUCAGAAGUUAUCAAGUGUUUUAGUCUCUUCAUGUCCACUUCAGGACUCCAACCUGAUUACCGCACUUUCCCAUCAGUCUUGAAAGCUUGUAGGAACAUGCUCGAUGGGAUGAAGAUUCAUUGCUUGGCUUUGAAGUUUGGAUUUGUUUGGGACGUCUUCGUCGCUGCGUCGUUAGUUCAUUUGUAUUGCCGGUAUGGAGUGGUGGAGAAUGCACGCAGGCUCUUUAACGAGAUGCCUGUUAAAGACAUGGGGUCUUGGAAUGCAAUGCUUUCUGGUUAUUGUCAAAGCGGAAAUGCUAAAGAGGCUUUGACUCUAUCUAAUGAGCUGAGUGGUAUGGAUUCAGUUACUAUUGUAAGUCUCCUUUCUGCUUGCACAGAGGCUGGUGAUUUCAAGAGAGGAGUUAUGAUUCAUUUAUACUCUAUUAAACAUGGUUUGGACUCUGAGUUGUUUGUGUCCAACAAGCUGAUUGAUAUGUAUGCUGAAUGUGGUGACCUCAGAGGUUGUCAGGAGGUUUUUGAGAGGAUGGUUGUGAAGGAUUUGAUUUCUUGGAACUCGAUGAUUAAGGCUUAUGAGCUGAAUGAUCAGCCGGUUAGAGCGCUUUCGUUGUUUCAGGAGAUGAAGUUAAGCAGGAUUCAACCGGAUUGUCUUACUUUGAUUAGUUUGGCUUCUGUACUUGCACAGAUAGGGGAUGUUCGUGGUGGUAGGGCUGUGCAGGGCUUCACUUUGAGGAAAGGAUGGUUCUUGGAAGAUAUUACCAUCGGGAACGCGGUUGUUGAUAUGUAUGCAAAGCUUGGCCUUGUUGAUUCAGCACGAGCAGUGUUUAACUGGCUACCGCAUAAAGAUGUGAUUUCUUGGAAUACAGUAAUAUCUGGUUAUGCUCAAAACGGUUUCGCUAGUGAAGCGAUUGAGAUGUAUAACAUUAUGGAGGAGGAAGAAGGUGGAGAGAUAAACGCUAACCAAGGGACUUGGGUGAGCGUUUUGCCUGCUUGCUCUCAGGCUGGAGCGUUGCGUCAAGGUAUGAAGAUCCAUGGCCGUCUGUUGAAGAAUGGUCUUUAUUUGGAUGUUUUUAUAGGAACAAGCCUUGCUGAUAUGUAUGGGAAAUGUGGGAGACUAGACGAUGCGCUCUCUUUGUUUUAUCAAAUCCCUAGAGUCAGCUCUGUUCCAUGGAACACACUAAUAGCUUGUCACGGGUUUCACGGGCAUGGAGAGAGAGCAAUGAAGCUGUUUAGAGAAAUGCUUGAUGAUGGAGUGAAGCCGGAUCACAUCACAUUUGUGACUUUGUUAUCAGCUUGUAGCCAUUCUGGUCUAGUAGAGGAAGGUCAGUGGUGCUUUGAGAUGAUGCAAACGGAUUACGGGAUCACACCGAGCUUGAAGCAUUACGGUUGUAUGGUGGAUUUGUUUGGUCGUGCCGGUCAGUUACAAACCGCGUAUGAGUUUAUCAAAAGCAUGCCGGUUAAGCCUGAUGCAUCUAUUUGGGGAGCUCUUCUCAGCGCUUGUAGAGUCCACGGAAACGUCGAUUUGGGGAAGGUCGCGUCUGAAAAUCUGUUCGAGGUUGAGCCAGAGCAUGUUGGUUAUCACGUUCUGCUGUCGAACAUGUAUGCUAGUGCUGGAAAAUGGGAAGGAGUCGAUGAGAUACGGUCCGUUGCUAGAGGGAAAGGUUUGAGGAAGACACCAGGUUGGAGCUCAAUGGAAGUGGACAACAAAGUGGAAGUCUUUUACACUGGGAACCAAACGCAUCCGAUGUAUGAAGAGAUGUGCAGAGAGUUAACGACGCUGCUUGCGAAAAUGAAGAUGAUUGGUUACGUGGCAGACCAUAGGUUUGUGCUGCAGGACGUUGAAGACGAUGAGAAGGAGCAGAUAUUGAUGAGUCAUAGUGAAAGAUUAGCUAUUGCGUAUGGACUUGUUGCCACGCCUCCGAAGACGACGAUUCGGAUUUUCAAGAACUUGAGGGUGUGUGGUGAUUGCCAUAACGUGACAAAGUUCAUAUCGAGGAUUACGGAGAGAGAGAUCAUUGUGAGGGAUUCGAACCGGUUUCAUCAUUUCAAGGAUGGAGUCUGCUCUUGUGGUGAUUACUGGUGA